CCUUACGUUAAUUCAAACUGUAAACUGUAACUGCCCAGAAAUGGCUCUUCAUUCAUCCAACCAUUCAAUCUUCACUUUUAUCCUAAUAGCUGGUGUUCUUUGUGUAACAACUAUCCACAGCGUUGGCGCUUCUCAGAAGCAAAAGUUCUGUGGCCCCAAAUUGGCUCGCGCACUGGCAGAGCUCUGUGACGCCUAUCCCACACUUUCCCCACCGCCAAUGAAACGACCCAGUGAUGCUAAAGGAAUGACCAUGAAUGACUACAACGCACCGGAUUUGACCAAUUUCGAGGACCAAUCCGCUAUCAACCGGGUGUACAACGUGGUAAAUUUAAAGGACAAGCCCAUCUGGAUGAAGUUGUUUUACUCGAAGCACGACCCUAUGGCGUUGAACGACCUUGACUAUGUGAACGAAAUCAUUCCGGACCGUUUCAUGCUGGGAAAGCGUAGACCAGGGAAAGGCAUCGUAGAGGAAUGUUGCCGUAAAGGGUGCACAUAUGAGUACUUGAUGCUAAAUUACUGCGCCUAAGAUUAGUUCUAUAUUUUACAAUCCCCCUACGCUUAUCAAAUUUAGAAGUCGAACUCCAAUCUUGAUAAUCUACAAAUCAUUAUGGGGUAGAACGGGGAAAGAUGGCGUCUCCUUAGUUUUGCGAUUGAUUUAAUAAAUUCCAUCAAAAUAACAUUAUAUACUGCUGAAUUGAAGUUCAUUCAACUGUUAUCCUUGAUAAAAGUUAUUAGAAGUAAUAAGAUCUAGAAAAAUAUACAAAUACGUCACAAAAAAAAUAUACAAAUUACGUCACGCUUGAAAGGGGGGAAGAGGUAGCCAUAGCGUGGCAAGCCAUGUGAAGUGCGAAGUUUAAGGGAUUGAGAAGUUGUGUAAGCUUUACUGUGAAUUUCGUUAUUUACGCUCACAAUGCUUGAAACAAUUGCUUAAAGCUAUCAGUGCAAAUAUAUGGCUUGGCAUUAAUCAAUGGACAAACCUUGGUUUCAACUCAUACAACAUCUUUGCAUUGACAAAUAUUUGUUUGGCUCUGUAUCGAUCCAAGCCAAAUAUAUAUUCAAUAAGAAAAACUGCAACAUCGAAAAACGCUUA